UUGGGCCCAAGGGCUGAACCGGAAGCCUCGCAAUCGCAUCCACCCGACGCCGGCAGCCGCCGUCUUCCUCCACCAGCGGCCUCGCCGGCGCGCGCAUCCAUGUAUUUUUUUUCCCAGCCAAAAUUAGAAAGCACAAAGACCUCCAAACCUCCGCAGCCGCCAUGCCUCCUUCCAAGGGCAAGAAGAAGCAGCAGCCGGCGGCUUCGCCGCAGCCGUCCCCGCACACCCGCUCGUCCCGUGGCCCCGAGAACCGCGGCGGCGGCGACGGUGAGGGAAGCGUCGACCUACCGUCUAUCGCCGCGGCGGCGGCGGCGCGGUUCCCAGUGCUCGUGCCUCGCGGCGGCGAGGGUUGCUUCGCCGGCGCCGUCGCCGAAGUGGCCUCCAGGGGCACGAGCAGCGGCGGCUGCUUGGGGAGGCUCUGGCUCUCUGAGGCCGCUAUGGUCGGCGCCGGGAUGCGGCCCGGGUGCCUCGUCUCCGUGUCACUAAUUUCUUCGAGAAGUGACCAAUUAGAUGGAUUCCCACUAGACGAUUUGUUUAAGGAGUGCAACAGAUUCUUUGAUCUUGAUGUGGACAAUGAUCUUCUACGUGGUGAAGCUGGAAGAAACUUUGUUGUUGCCACAGUUUUCCUUUCACGUGAGGUUCACAAGAAUGGCAUCAAGCUCUCUUGGGAUCUUGCUUGUGUUUUGGGGUACCCAUCAGUAGGUCGACCGUUGUUUUUUAGCCCCUUGUGUACAUCUCAGGACCCAAAGCAUAGUGAUGAUGUAGAUAUUUUACGGGUAAUAAAAUGUAAGGACCUUUAUCUUGGCCUAAUUCCACCUGAGGUUGGAUCUUCCAGUGGCAUUCAUUCAGAAUCUGACUACCUCUCUGAAAGAAAUGAAAUGCUUAUGGAGACACCUAAGAAGAGUCCUUUUACUACAUUGCAUAAGGAAUCCCAUGACUUUGCAUCCAACAGUGGCUCUUCAAUGUGCUUGGAUCCAACCACUACGAGAUCAGCAUUAGCAGACGAGAAAGUUAAUGAGUUGUUGCAGACUUCAGCUUCACGAUGGCUUAAUGGUCGACACUUGUUAAAAGGGAACUUUAUUCCUCUCUCAAUGUGCGGGAAACUGUCCUUGUUUGUGGUGAUGGGAGCAAAAAUUGAUAGCUAUGCUCGAGAUGAUUUGCAUGAGAAAGGGAAUACACUGCCUAAUGCAGAAGAUUCAUCUAACUUGGGGGGAACCCUAGUUUCAAUCCUUGUGGAUAGAACUACAAAAGUGCAUCUGUCUGAUUCAGUCUGCACUGAGAAGCUUGGCUCAGAUAAGACAGAUUUACCAUCGCAAGUUUACGAGUAUGAUAAUAAAAUAAAUGAAGAUUCCAAUCACGCUCCAAUGCUUGGUGGGUUAUCUAAAGAGUCAGCAACCAUAAAAGAAAUAAUUUCGUUUUCACUUGUUGAUCAAAUUGGUUUCCCAAGAUAUAAAGGUAUUCUUCUUUAUGGUCCACCUGGAACCGGGAAAACCUCUCUUGCUUCUUUUUGUGCCUAUGAUGCAGGAGCCAACCUUUUUACAAUCAACGGGCCGGAGAUCAUUAGUCAUUACUAUGGAGAAAGUGAGAAAUCUCUGUAUGAUGUUUUCAGUUCAGCAAAGAAAGCUGCACCUGCUGUGAUAUUUGUUGAUGAAUUGGAUGCAAUUGCUCCAUCAAGGAUGGAAGGGGGUGAGGAGUUAUCUAUUAGAAUGGUGGCUACUCUGUUAAAACUGAUGGAUGAGGUAGGCCCUAAUGAUCAUGUUCUCUUAAUCGCUGCAACGAAUUGGCCUGAUAGUAUUGAUCCUGCACUGUGACGUUCUGGAAGAUUGGAUAGGGAAAUUGAAAUAGGAGUGCCAUCUCCAGAACAGAGGAUGGACAUACUUCAACACCUUCUAAUUGGAGUUUACCACUCCCUCAAUGAUGAGGAACUUAAGUCUGUUGCUCUAGAGACCCAUGGAUUUGUAGGUGCCGAUCUAGCUGCACUAUGCAAUGAGGCUGCAAUGUGUGCUCUUCGCCGUUAUAUCAGCCUAAAAGAAAAUUUGAAUAUACAACUUGGUCAUCCUGACUCUAGUGUAGAUAAGUGUAUACGGGAUACUGAUGAUCCUUCAGGCUAUCAAGAAAGCUUAUUACCGGCAUGUUUCUCAACCAUGUCAUUGGAUGAUGCUCCUUGCACAAAUAGUAACGAAAAAAGUAGCAAGUCUUAUGAUGUGAACACAAAAGGUAGUGAGUCUUAUGAUGCGAUAGAUGAAAAAGCAUUGUCAGUGAACACUGAGGACUUUAAGAAGGCUAAAACGAAAGUUCGACCAAGUGCAAUGCGUGAGGUGAUGCUUGAGCUUCCAAAGGUGCGUUGGGAAGAUGUUGGUGGCCAAGCCAGUGUCAAGCAGCAGCUAAUUGAAGCCAUCCAUUGGCCACAGAAACGCCCAGAAGCAUUUAAACGUAUAGGGAUCCAACCCCCCAAAGGAUUGCUAAUGAUGGGACCACCAGGUUGCAGCAAGACCUUGAUGGCUCGCGCUGCAGCUUCUGAAGCAAAAUUGAACUUUCUUGCAGUUAAGGGUCCUGAACUUUUUAGCAAAUGGGUCGGUGACUCUGAGAAAGCAGUGAGAUCGCUAUUUGCAAAAGCAAGAGCUAAUGCACCGGCGAUAAUAUUUUUCGAUGAGAUAGAUGGACUUGCAGUAACUCGUGGGCAUGAAAAUGAUGGCACGUCUGUUGCUGAUAGGGUCCUCACUCAGUUGCUUGUGGAAAUGGAUGGUUUGGACGAGAAAGUAAUUGUUAUUGCAGCUACAAAUCGUCCUGACAAAAUUGAUCCUGCACUUACGAGGCCAGGUCGUUUCGACAGGUUGCUCAAUGUGCAACCGCCAAAUGAAACUGACCGUGCAGAUAUUUUCCGCAUUCAUACUCGCAGCAUACCAUGCGGCCCUGACGUGAAUCUAGAGGAACUUGCUAGGCUCACAGAAGGCUACACUGGUGCGGACAUAAAGCUUGUCUGCAGGGAAGCUGCUGUUGCGGCACUUGAUGAGAGCUUUGACAUCAAACAGGUAGCAAUGAGGCAUUUCGAGUUCGCAAUCAGCAAAAUAAAGCCAUCCGAUGUCAAGUUUUACCAAAAACUUGGAGAGGAUUACCGCAGAUUCGUGGAUGGCUCAUAAAAGGGAACGUAAUAAUGGUGGACAUAUUGAACCUACUCCUUUUUUUCUUUUCCUUUUGGGUAUCCUUAGGUGUAAAAAUGUAAUCACAUGAAUUUUGUUGCAUCCUGAAAGUGAUUCCUCAUCUCAUCUUCUGCAUCACCUUUAUUCAGCAAAAUAUUAAUUGCAGAGUUUUGUUGUAACUUGUGACAUGGGGUUAUUUUGCUUAUUUUAGGGGCAUGUAUUCUUGCAAACUUUUCUCC